GUCAUCAACAUUCAGGAGACAACAUUGAGGUUGUCCUUAUUGUCCUUAUUUUCUAGUUGAAGAUUUUGACCGCUUCAGUUAAGCACGGUGUGGACUGUGGAACGCUGUUGUUUAUAGUUUUACAUAUGCUACAUAUCGGUGUAUCACGUUUUGUUCGUUGUAAUGCUGGUUAAGGAGAUUUAUUAGUACUUCAACCGUUGAAAGUUCUAUGUUGAAAGCACAGGAGGAUACGUUUCCAUGUUGGAUAUGACUCCGCUCUCGAACACUGUGAGAGUGUUUUAAAACAGAUGUACUUAACAUGCUGUACUGUGCAGUGUGGUAUGCUGGUGUAUGUCUAUUUGUUUGAAGAAUGAAUGUCAUGUAUGGCAAGGGGACAACCUGCCAGGAUGAAAUGGUCUGCACCUUACAAAUAUACCCCAGGUUUUCCAUCAAACCUGGACAAUGCUGCAUCCUCAGGGUCCCAAAAGAGGCAACAGCAGCUAAUGUCAUCAAGACCGCUCUCACCACACUUGGCUUGGACACAUCCAAGCCUUAUGUACUCGUGGAGGUCCAGGAGUACGGUGGAGAGGAGUGGAUCCUUCAAGACGGCGAUCUGCCCAUUCAAAGAGUCCUCCUCUGGCCCAGAAAGGCCCAAGACCAGCACCCUCAAAGUGAUGGAUACUUUUUUGCCCUUCAGGAGGGAAGCUAUGAUGGAUCCAUCCAGUAUGACAUUAUGACUUCUGUUCGACGAGAAAAAGUACCUCAGGGACUUGUGACUCGGGGCUUUCUUGCGCCACAGCCUCAGGAGUAUGACGAUUUAUGUAACCUCCCUGAGCUCACUGAGGAGAACAUCUUGGAGAUCCUACGGUAUCGCUUCCACAAGCAGAAGAUCUACACCUAUGCAAGCAACAUUCUUAUUGCUGUCAAUCCAUUCAAGUUUCUGCCUAUCUACAAUCCCAAGUAUGUCAAGAUGUAUGAGAACCAUACACUGGGCAAGUUAGAACCUCACAUCUUUGCCAUUGCCGAUGCUGCCUUCCAUGCUAUGCUGAACAAACAGGUCAAUCAGUGCAUCGUCAUAUCUGGAGAGAGUGGUUCUGGCAAAACGCAAAGCACCAAUUUCCUUAUCCACUGCUUGACCGCCCUAAGUCAGAAGGGUUAUUCUAGUGGAGUGGAGAGAACCAUCCUGGGGGCAGGCCCUGUUUUAGAGGCUUUUGGCAAUGCUAAAACGGCCUACAACAACAACUCAAGCCGCUUUGGGAAGUUCAUUCAAGUGAAUUAUCUGGAGAGUGGUGUUGUGAGAGGGGCUGUUGUUGAGAAGUACCUACUAGAGAAAUGCCGUCUGGUGUCCAGAGGAAAAACUGAAAGGAAUUAUCAUGUUUUUUACUAUCUUUUGAUUGGCGCCCCAGAAGACGAGAGAGAUGAAUUCAAGCUGCUGCGGCCUGAAGAUUACCACUAUCUCAAACAAGAGAACCCAUUUUUGGAGGAUCAAGCAGAAAUGAAGCACGAGUUCAAGAGGCUUCAUCAGGCCAUGGAGAUGGUCGGCUUUCUGCCUCCUACCAAAAAACAGAUAUUCUCUGUGCUCUCUGCCAUCCUAUACCUGGGGAAUGUGACAUAUGAGCCAAAAGAUGUUGGAGAGGGACUAAACGUUGGGCCAGAUCAUGUCCUCUCAGCUCUCUCUGAUCUUCUCAAGGUUAAAGUGGAGCUGCUUGUGGAAGCACUGACUACAAGGAAAGCAAUGACUGCUAAUGACACACUGAUCCUGCCUUACAGCCUCAACGAGGCCAUCACUGCCAGUGACUCUAUGGCCAAAUCUCUGUACAGUGCCCUGUUUGACUGGAUAGUUUUGCGAAUAAAUCACGCUCUACUCAACAAGAGAGACUUGGAGGAGUCUGUCAAGUGCUUAUCCAUUGGUGUGCUGGACAUUUUUGGAUUUGAAGAUUUCAAGACCAACAGCUUUGAACAGUUCUGCAUUAAUUAUGCUAAUGAGCAACUCCAGUGUUACUGCAAUCAGCGCAUAUUUACGCUCGAACAAGAGGAGUACAUGGCAGAGGGCAUUACAUGGCACACUGUUGACUAUCCAGACAACAUUGGCUGCAUCAGUCUCUUCAGCAAGAAACCCACAGGACUCUUUUAUCUGCUUGAUGAGGAGAGCAAUUUCCCUCAUGCCACAGAUAGCACUCUACUGGAGAAGUUUAAGCAGCAGCAUCGGGAAAACCCAUUCUUUGUGCAUACUCCAGUGCGGGAGCCUGCUUUUGUUAUUCUGCAUUUUGCUGGCAAGGUCAAAUACCAGAUAAAGGACUUCAGGGAGAAGAACACAGACCACAUGAGGCCAGAUAUUGUUGCGUUGCUACGAAGUAGUGAGUGCAGUUACCUGAGGCAGCUUAUCGGGGCUAAUCCAGUGGCUGUGUUCAGAUGGGGAAUCCUCAGGGCCACUAUACGCACUCUGGCUGUGUUCAACGAGGCUGGCCGGCGUUGGGCAGAAAAACAUCCAGAUCAGGUCAGGCGUUACUCCAGACGCUCUUUGGGGGAAAUUAGGAGACCCAGCACUGUGGUAGAGUUGCUAAAGUGCCAGAACCCUGUGAUUGAAUUUUCCUUUGAUCGGUCUGAAGAGGGUCCACUUGAAGCAUUUGAGGACAUCUUUGCUUCGUUUGAAAACAAGAAGAAGAGCAGGCCAAACAGACACAAGCAGCUAAUUCCUAAGAACCUCAUAGAUUCACGAUCUCUGAAACUCAUCAUGGGCCUGACGCAGCACAACCGUGUGACAAGGUCCCUUCUCCACCUGCACAAUAAGAAGAAACCUCCAAGCAUCAGUGCUCAGUUCCAGGCAUCCCUAAGCAAGCUGCUGGAAACCCUGAGGAAGGCAGAACCUUUCUUUGUUCGCUGCAUCAGAUCUAAUGGAGAUAAGAGGGAAAUGCACUUUGAUGAUGGCAUUGUGCUUCAGCAGCUGAGGUACACUGGCAUGUUACAAACAGUUCGGAUAAGAAGGUCUGGGUAUGGAGCCAAAUUCACUUUCAUGGAGUUUACAGAUCAGUUCAGAGUGCUGCUGCCUAAGGAAAUAUCAACACCUCAAGAGGAAAUCGCUAACUUAAUGAGGAAAAUGGUAUUUCCCAGCUCCAGUUUUCAGAUUGGCCGAACCAAGGUGUUCUUGAAAGAGGCAGAGAGGCAAAAACUCCAGGAAACCCUACAUAAGGAAGUGAUGCAGCGCAUCAUCACCCUGCAGAGAUGGUUCCGUGCAUGUUUGACUAGGAAGCAUUAUUUGGUUGAGAGGAAAGGAAUUAUAACCAUACAGCGAUCGUGGCGUAGUUUCUGUGUGUUGAACCGAUACAGGGCAGCUACUGUGAUCCAGAUGGCAUGGCGAAGGUCUAAGGAGAGAGAGGUCUACCAGAAGCAGAGAGAUAAACUAAAAGAGCAGACAAGUCAGUUAGAAAAGGGCCAUUUGAACGAGGAAAGGACUGCAAAGAUGGAGCCAAAGCCAAUUCCAUGGUUAAAACAUAUAAAGCCCCUGCCUCUAUUGCCUGAAUCUCGACCAGCAGAAGGACAGAAGGCCAAGGAACUGAGCACACAGAUUAACACAGAUACCAAGUCUAAAGUCAGAGUACAGCCUACUCCUGUUAUCAAACCCAACGUCAAUGGUGAGGAUGAAACCAAGCCAUCUCCUGCAGCCCGCCCUCGGCCUGACUCGCUUCAAGUGAACAUGAGCCAGAGUGGCUCUGAUGUUCAAAAUGCUGUAAACCUACAGCGUGGCUAUAAGACAAUUAGGAUGAGGGAGAAGCCAGAGAAAUGGAAAGAGAGAAGCAGUGAAUCGGCACUUUUGGACCAAAUCAGUCCUGAGCCAAUGCAUAUUCAAACCAAGAGGACAAUGGGUUUACGUAAAUGUGGCAUCUCUCAAUCCCUGGAUAAUUUGUAUGGGUUGAGCUCUUCAGAGUCGGACAGCUCCUUAUCAUCUAAAAAUGAGGUUAAUCGCACCCACACGCGAAACAAGCGCCGGCUAGCGCGUCCUCGCAGUGGGCUGAAGUUGGACCACUUGGACCUCAACGAUGAAUGCUGGACUUUUCCUUUACCUCCAAUAAGUCCCUCCACUCCAAGCCAGCCCCAUAUUAGCGUGGUAUUGGAGCCUUUGAUCAAAUCACCUGUGGAAGCUGAUGGGUCAUUCAGUUGCAUAGGAAGGAGAACAUGUGAGGAGAUACCUGCACCAUCCAUUACACCAGAGAGGCGGGGAUUCCUAAAUCUUUUUAAGAAGCGUCCGACGCCCCUGGAUGGAAAUAUUACCAUGGCGAAAACCUUGGGAGAUGGAUAUGAGCUAGCCAUUGGAUCUUCUUAUUCACGUGCCAAAAGCUCAGACACUUUAUCUGGAGCCCGUCGCAACCCCACGAUUAAAAUCAGCCGAGCUACUCGCAUUCAGGAACAAUGGAAUGCAUCACUGGACCGAGAGAUCACUGACACUAAUGAACUCCGCCACCUGGAUGAGUUCUUAGGCAAUCAGAUGAAUGAUUUAAGCAACCGCACAAAAGAACUAUCCGAAACGGAAAAAAUCUUCUUCACAGCCACCACGCAGUUCAGAGACACAAUCAAAAGCAUGUACUCCAUCUCAAAUCCCAAUAUCGGCUAUAAGAUCCUGAUGACAGGCUACCAGAAAAAGGUAUUAAAUCUCGCAGGGCUGAAGAAAGCGUCUGAGGUGCCACUGGUUGUAAACCUUUUCCAGUCAGUUCUGGAUGGAUUUAUCAGGGCAGAGCUCAAACGCUUAGAGGCAGAGCCUUGUAAGAUUAAGGAAAGGAAACAAAGAAAAUCUAAAAGAGAUAUAUAUCCUGACAGCCCAAAGGGUCACUUAUUUAGCACAUACCAGGUGACCAUUAUGCAAUCAUGUGACCAGUGCAACUCAUAUAUAUGGGGCAUGGAAAAGGCCUUCAUGUGCAGCUCUUGUAAGAUGGUGUGUCAUAAGAAGUGUCUUAGCAAGAUAUUAAUAAACUGCACUGCUCACUGUGCAAGGAAGAAAGAGGGUGAGCAACACCACACUCUUCACUUUGGUGUACCUGUGUGUGUCCUGGCCCGCGCAGGUGACUCUGUACCUUUUGUCAUUGAGAAGAUGCUAGUACAUGUUGAAAUGAAUGGACUGUACACAGAGGGCAUCUACCGCAAGUCAGGCUCAGCCUGCAGAGCCAAAGAGCUUCACCAAAUACUAGAGAAAGAUCCUAAAGCUGUCUGCCUUGACAAUUAUCCCAUCCACACCAUCAGUGGCCUGGUCAAACAGUGGCUACGGGAGCUACCUGACCCACUCAUGACAUAUAGACUCUAUAAUGAUUUCCUGUAUGCCGCUGAUUUGCCAGAAGCGUCCGAGCGGUUGCGCGCUAUCUACCGAAAGUUAGAUGAAUUACCUCCCGCAAACUUCUCUACUCUUGAAAGGCUUAUUUUUCAUCUCGUGAAAGUGACAAAAGAGGAAGCUCAAAAUCGGAUGUCAGCUAAUGGUCUGGCAAUAGUGUUUGCACCCUGCAUACUACGCUGCCCAGAUUCUUCAGACCCUUUCCUCAGUCUGAAAGAUAUAAACAAGACCACUCUCUGUGUGGAGAUUCUGAUUAAUGAGCAAACAAGGCGUUACAAUCAGAAAAUGGCAGAAAUUCAGCAGUUGGAAAAUGCAGAGGCUAUAGCCAUUAAACAACUCAAGCUCAGGAGACAGAACACGAUAUUUGAGCUACCGAAAUUAGAUUCUGAUGCCUCUUCAAUGGAGACCCUGAUUGAGCGGAUCAAGUCUAUUAAGAAUGAAAAGAAUGAUUUGGCCUACAGUCUCUCUGAGCUAGACCAUGAUAGCUCUGAUGCUGAGAACAUGGACUCUGAUUCAUUUAUCAGUUCUGGGAGUCUCCUAGAAGAUCAUUUUUUGAGUUUGGACUCGGAAGUGAGCACUGCUUUUAAGAGCCCCAGACCAGAGGAACCUGUUAAACCCCCUGAUCCAUCACAUCAUACCACAACAGGGAGCAUACAGCCAACUGAAUACCACAACCAAAACAGUUCUGCCUCCUGUCGAGAUGGAGUCCAGUCUAUGUGUGUCAUACAGAGCCAAGAUAUCCUCAAAUCCCUCACCACCUCCUCCUCUGCAAGCAACCAGGGCAAAAGACUCUUUUCUGACCUUGACAUCCCUUUCAUAGAUGAAGACGUUUAACAUUAAAAUUACCACCAAAAAAACUGUAUUCUAAAGUCUAUGCAGAUAUUUGUCUUUCCCAUAACCUUUCAAACAAAAGUCAGUAUCCAAUUUUCCACAAUAUUAACACUCAAUUUAUUUAGAGGAAUAAAUCAAAUGCUGCAUGAAUUAAUUCUGUUUUAGAACUAAUGUUGCCCUGUUGUUUAUAAAAUAUAUUUGUAAAACAAAACUAAGGAUGUUUUAAAGUCAUUGUUUCUUUGCAUGAUGUUUUGCUAGGAUUAUUUAAAAGUUAUAAUCUUGGCAGCAUUUUUGGAUUUUAAAAUAUUUCAACCUUUGCUUUUUUUUUAUUUGGCUAAUGCAACAUUUCUAUGGACUGUAUGGAAUCAUCUGGACAUAUUAUUAUAUAUUCCGUAUGUAGAGAAAGUGAGUUUGAUAGAUUUGUAUUCUUUUCUCAAAACAGAAACUUUAAAGAUACAGUGUGAUCAUAAAGUGUUCAGACCCCUUAAAUUUCACAUUUUGUUGCAAAACUCCUUACUUCAUAAUGACCAAACAAACAAAAAAAAAAGGUUUUUUUAUAACUUUGCAAAUUUAUUAAAAAUAAAAUCUGGGUCUGAAUACUUUCUGAAUGCACUGUAUAUACAUACUUUUCCUCAUCAUUAAAUCAUUCCCUUCAUAGUUUAGGGGACAUUUCUGUUAUGUAAAUACGCCUUUAAAAAACUGUGCUUUCUCUAUAAAAUCUAAUCUGAUAAGUGUGUAGUAUUCUCAUAAUGUGAGACCCUUUUAUCUAUAUUUUAUAUUGUAAAAACUUGUUAAUUUAGAUGAGAUAGGAGGUUGGAAAUCAUGUGAUAGAUGUUCUUGCAUGCUUGUUUAAAGUGUACUAUGAAGCUGCUGCAUGCCGUUUAUUAUUUUCAAUAAUGUACAGUUGUCCUAGUCCUUUAAAGCUUCUUUUAUUUUCUAUUUUUAAGAUAAACCAGUGGGAACAUGCUAGUGUCAUAAACAGUUGUUUUACAUAGUAAGGGUGGUUUAGAUAUAUUCCAGUGCAGAGAGCAAAAUUGGUUACAGGUGUUUUAAAAGUGACGACCCACAUAUUUUGUAAAACUAAAUCCUGACUGUAAUCUAAUUGCAGAUUUAAACCAAUUUAUUUCAGUUUUGCUGUCAUGAUUCAAGACGUCCAAUAUAAAGUUCCAGCAUAGUGAUUGUGAAUUACUG